UCUGUCAGUCAUCUCUGUCUGUGUCAGCUGACCGAUGCCGUGAACGGUGACGUCACAGGGAAGAUGGCUGCCGAGAGCGAUGUCCUGUCUGAGAUUGAAGUGCUGCAGUCCAUCUACUUAGAUGAGCUCAGUGUUGAUCAGAGAGAUGAAGGAGGAUGGACAGUCAGUCUGGUGCUCUAUCCCUCCACUGCGGAGGACUGUCUCUCUCAGUUUGUCCGUCUUACAUUGACAAUGGAUCUGGACUUUCAGUACCCAUAUUCAUCUCCUUACAUCUCUAUUCACAAUCCACGUGGACUCUCAGAUGAUAAACUGCUCAGUUUACAGAGGAGUUUGCAGAUAGAGGCAGAGUCAUGUUUCGGGACACCUGUACUGUACCAGCUCAUAGAGAGAGCCAAAGAGAUCCUGACCGAGAGCAAUAUUCCCCAUGGAAACUGUGUCAUCUGUUUGUAUGGCUUUAAGGAGGGGGAAGUGUUUACUAAGACCAGCUGCUAUCACUAUUUCCAUUCUCACUGUCUUGGCCGCUACAUCACCCACUCUGAGAUGGAGCUGAAGGACCGUGAGAGGGAGCUGGAGGAGGAUAAAACCAGAGACAGGACCGAAGAAGAGGACUUGGCUGUUGUUUGCCCAGUGUGUCGAGAGCCUCUCACCUAUGAUUUGGAUGUCCUCCUUACCUCUCCUGCUCCAGUUUUCACACAGCAGGAGGAUGCAGUCAUCGGUGGGGAAUUUAAAAAGAAAUGGGCAGCACUUCAGAAGAUUCUGAAACGGCAGAAGGAAAAGGGUGGAGUUAUUGACCCAGAAACAGAGUCUAAUAGAUUCCUAAUUCACAUUAAUGAGGCUCCAGCUUAUGUUUCUGGUGCCGAAUCUUGUCAGUCACUCCUUUCCUCGUCCCAAGAUUCCACCGGUGCAACCCAAGCCUCUCAAAGUCAUCACACUACAGCCCAAUCACAGCACCAGUGCUCUCAUGAGAGCAGGCAGCAAGGUGACUUCAAGAGAGGUCGUAGAGGAAGAGGAGGCAGAAGAGGUGGAUCAGCGUGUCACACGAUGCCUACACCUGGGGUAGAACGACUGGGCAGGCCUGUGCAUUCUUCUGAUAAGAUUUAUUAUGUCAACUCAGGCCCACCAAACACCACGCCACAGGGAGAAACUACAUCACAAGGACAGGGAUGUGAACUCAAUGAAGAAGAAAAAACUGUUUCUCAAGAAAAGGUUACUUCAGAAUCUAACUGUAAACAAGAUGUGACCCAACAAAAAGUGUGUAUUUCAAAAGAUGGGACUCAGACAAUAUUACACCAAGGACACCCAGAAAGGGAACAUGUGGGUCGAGGAUGGAAGCGUGGUGGUCAUGGCUCUGGACGACAUCAUGGACAUUGGCAGGAGAGGAAUUUCAAGGGACCCAGUCACUGGGAAAAUUCUGGAAAUGCUGGCCACCGUGGAGGAGGAUAUAGUGCCAGAGAGGGAGGGGCUGGGCAUCAUCACAGAAGGGGCGGGGCUUAUAGAGGUGGUGGCAGGGGUUUGCAUCAGAGAGUGGAAAAAGAGUUUAGGAAAGAGGGAGUGCUCUGACAAUGGGAGAGGGGAGGUACAGACAGAGGAAGAUGUGUACCUCCCAGUUUCACCAGCUGUACCAUCAUUAUGUCAGUGUCUAUAAUAAAAUACUCCACAAGCAGUAAA